AGAACUUCCGGGUAGUGCUGUCUUCCCACCCACGACAGCCUCUCCUCUUGAUUUCUGGGUAUUGUAGUCCAUCUUGUUCCGGUUUCCUGGGAAUGACCUUCUCCUAGCUACGGAUACCUUCGCCACAAAAACUACAAAACCCAGAGUGUCGCGCGAGUUCCCCUCGUCCAAUAGGAACCCCCCAUGUAGUGAGGCGCGGAGGCCGGCUCUCGCAACUCAAGAUGGCGGACGAGAGUGAUACAGCAGUGAAGCCGCCGGUACCUCCGCUGCCGCAGAUGAUGGAAGGGAACGGAAACGGCCAUGAGCAUUGCAGCGAUUGCGAGAACGAGGAGGACAACAGCUACAACCGGGGUGGUUUGAGUCCAGCCAAUGACACUGGAGCCAAAAAGAAGAAAAAGAAACAAAAAAAGAAGAAAGAGAAAGGCAGUGAGACAGAUUCAGCCCAGGAUCAGCCUGUGAAGAUGAACUCUUUGCCAGCAGAGAGGAUCCAGGAAAUACAGAAGGCCAUUGAACUCUUUUCAGUAGGUCAGGGACCUGCGAAAACCAUGGAGGAGGCUAGCAAACGAAGCUACCAGUUCUGGGACACGCAGCCCGUCCCCAAACUGGGGGAAGUCGUGAACACACAUGGUCCCGUGGAACCUGACAAAGACAGCAUCCGCCAGGAGCCCUACACGCUGCCCCAGGACUUCGCCUGGGAUGCCUUGGACCUGGGGGACCGUGGUGUGCUGAAAGAACUCUACACCCUCCUGAAUGAGAAUUAUGUGGAAGAUGAUGACAACAUGUUCCGAUUUGAUUAUUCUCCCGAAUUUCUUUUGUGGGCUCUCCGGCCGCCUGGCUGGCUCCCCCAGUGGCACUGUGGGGUUCGAGUGGUCUCGAGUCGGAAACUGGUUGGGUUCAUCAGCGCCAUCCCGGCAAACAUCCAUAUCUAUGACACAGAGAAGAAGAUGGUAGAGAUCAACUUCUUGUGUGUCCACAAGAAGCUGCGUUCCAAGAGGGUGGCUCCAGUCCUGAUCCGUGAGAUAACCCGGCGGGUGCACCUGGAGGGCAUCUUCCAAGCUGUUUACACUGCCGGGGUCGUAUUACCAAAGCCUGUUGGCACCUGCAGGUACUGGCAUCGGUCCCUAAACCCACGGAAGCUGAUUGAAGUGAAGUUCUCCCACUUGAGCAGAAAUAUGACCAUGCAACGCACCAUGAAGCUCUACCGACUUCCAGAGACUCCCAAGACAGCUGGGCUGCGACCAAUGGAAAAAAAGGACAUUGCAGUAGUGCACAAGCUCCUCACCCAGUACCUGAAGCAGUUUCACCUCACGCCAGUCAUGAGCCAAGAGGAGGUGGAACAUUGGUUCUACCCCCAGGAGAAUAUCAUCGACACUUUUGUGGUGGAGAAUGCAAACGGUGAGGUGACCGAUUUCCUGAGCUUUUAUACACUUCCGUCCACCAUCAUGAAUCACCCGACCCACAAGAGUCUAAAGGCUGCUUAUUCUUUCUACAACGUUCACACCCAGACCCCUCUUCUAGACCUCAUGAGCGACGCCCUCGUUCUCGCCAAAAUGAAAGGGUUUGACGUAUUCAAUGCACUGGAUCUCAUGGAGAACAAAACCUUCCUGGAGAAGCUCAAGUUUGGCAUAGGGGACGGCAACCUACAGUAUUACCUUUACAAUUGGAAGUGCCCCAGCAUGGGGGCAGAGAAGGUUGGGCUGGUGUUACAGUAACCAGUUGCCAGUGAGAUUCUGGAUAAAGCCACUGAGAAUUCAAACCAGGAAAUGGAGCCCCACCACUUGUUGGUCCAGUUUUCACAAACGUGAGAAUCCCUGGCAAAGGGACCAGAACUGAACUGGUUUUACAAACCGCCACUGAACUUGAUGAUUGUAUUGCAAUGGCGUAGGCUGCGUGAUGUCACCUCUGGCCGUGUCUCUGGUCUCCCUGUUUUCCAAUUAAUCACAUCAUUAUGCAGCCAUGGUCAAGGGAAUGUAACUGCUGAAAACUAGCUCGUGAUUGGCAUAUUAUGGAAUUAACGGGUGAAUAAUAAAAGUAUAUAUAUAUUAUAUAUAUAUAUAUAAAUAUUUUAAAUAUCUUUCAUGUUCCAAAUGUACAAGGAUGUUUGGUCUCUAAUGAAAAACUGAAUCCAGAUCAUUCCUCAAAAUUAGAAUCUCAGGCCAGUGCCAGACAAACACGUUGGUACAGUGAAUUGUUUCCUUCUGAAAGCAGGCAUUGACUUUUCUUGGGGGAGCAGGAGAAAGAGGAUGUGGGGAAUAUUAUCCAGUUCCCCUCUGAAUCAGCUGGAAUACUGGCUUCGAGAAGGCGGGCUGGGGUGGAAGGGCUGUGCAAGCUUUGGGGAGAGCUCGGCUCUCUUAGAACGGCAGGUGGAGUCCUGGCUGGGGCUGACUCAACUCGGAGCUUUUCCUGAGGGGCCGCGCCUUUUCUGCAUCCUGAACCUGGGCAGCGGGGAUGAGCUGUGGAAGCGGGUUUCAUGAAUCAAGUCCCUCUUGCAAUCCUCUUGGCCUGCUCCCUGUAGGAAGUCAUCCUGCCAACUGAGUUUUAAAUCAGGGCUCAUUAGCCAGCUGUUGCCAACCGUAUGUUACGGGGAUCAGUCCCCUGUGAGAUGAUGUUUUUCCACUGCCUGGGGUGACUGGCAGUUUGAAGGGGACCUUUGACCUCCUUGUAGCAUCUGGAUCGUUGUGGAGACCACAUCAGUGCAAAUCCUGCUUAGCUCAUCUUAGAGCAAAGAGCCAGGAGGACCCUGAUGCCCCCAGGGUGGUUGGGCAAGGAUGGCGUGGGGCCGACGAUACCCAGACCUCCAGCCACCAGCCCUUGGCCUGUGCCUUCCAACCCAUUAGCCAUCUCUCAUGCUCCUUUCCGAGACACACAGCCUGCGAGUAGCGGCAAGGAGUGGUGGCUAGACGCUGAUCUGGACUUGGCGACAGAAAUGAUUUCCUGUUGUCGUUGUCUGAGUCUGAUUUUCACUGAUGGUGUUUUGUGGAUUUUUGUGGUGGUGGUGAUGGUUGCUGAUGCUGCUGGUGGCCCCCGGAAUAAUGGAGCUUCUGGUCGCACGGCUGUCGUGUAGGCAUCCCUCAGUUGUGCUCAGCCCAGUGGCUUGGGGAGGAUCGGGCUGUGAACUGUCGGCAGCAACCCAUGUCCAGGCUUGUAUGUAAGUUUUGCUCUAGGAGGAGGUAAAUGGUGUGGGGUGGGGUGCUUCCACCUGGCUGCUUUCACCUCUCAGCUACUUGUAGAGGGGAGGAAGCCUUAGCUCGCAGGCCUGUAGGGCCGUGUUGCAGGCUGUGGGUUUUGGUGAGCUAUGCCAGAGGCUGAUUCUGCAGGGUCCCCAGAGCUGGAGGGAAUCGUGUGCCUGGGAUGGGGCUGUUCUGCCCCUGCACACGCAGGGGUGCUGCCAGCUUCCCGCAGAUGGCUGCUGGAGCCAGCAACUCCACUGAUUGGCUUUUCAUCAGAGGCCUCUAGGGGCCUCCCUUCUCCUUGUCGUCCCCGUGCUGCAAACUGCAGGCACUGAUCAUGGCUGACCUUUGACUCCUUGACUCCGAGAUGCCCAGACCAAAGAAGCUGCUGUU